AUGCAAGAGCAAAAUGUUAUUGCAAAAAAGCAAGUAAAUGGUGACUUUAUGAUCAAACCGGAAAGUGGUGGUGCUCAAUUGAGUACAGAUCAAUGGCCUUUACUCCUCAAGAAUUACGAUAAACUUCUCGUUCGUUCUUCUCACUUUACACCUAUUCCACAUGGAUGCUCUCCUCUCAAACGUGAUUUGGUUCAAUACAUCAAAUCAGGUGUGAUCAAUUUGGACAAACCAAGUAAUCCUUCUUCGCACGAAGUUGUUGCUUGGAUCCGUCGUAUGUUGCGUGUGGAAAAGACUGGUCAUUCAGGUACUUUGGAUCCAAAGGUUACCGGAUGUUUGAUUGUAUGCAUCGAUCGUGCAACCAGAUUAGUCAAAUCUCAACAAGGUGCCGGAAAGGAAUACGUUGCAGUCUUGCGUUUACACGAUUCUUUGGGUGAUGUGAAAAAGCUACCUCGUGCUUUGGAAACAUUAACCGGUGCUUUGUUCCAACGUCCUCCCCUCAUCUCAGCUGUAAAACGUCAAUUGCGUAUCCGUACCAUCUAUGAGAGCAAACUUUUGGAAUUCGACAACGAUCGUCACUUGGCCGUCUUUUGGGUCUCUUGCGAAGCAGGUACAUACAUUCGUACAUUGUGUGUCCAUUUGGGUCUUUUGUUGGGCGUUGGAGGUCACAUGCAAGAAUUGCGUCGUGUUCGCAGUGGAGCUUUGGGUGAAGAUGACAACAUUGUCACUAUGCACGAUUUAUUGGAUGCUCAAUGGCUAUACGACAAUCAAAGAAAUGAAGAGUACUUGCGUCGUGUUAUCCGUCCUCUUGAAUCCCUUUUGGUCGGCUACAAACGUAUCGUCGUCAAAGAUUCUGCCGUCAAUGCCGUUUGUUAUGGUGCCAAAUUGAUGAUUCCAGGUCUUUUGCGAUACGAAGCUGCAAUUGAAAUUGGAGAAGAAGUUGUUUUGAUGACAACAAAGGGUGAAGCUAUCGCUUUGGCAUAUGCUCAAAUGAGCACAGCAGAUCUAGCAACUGCAGACCACGGAAUUGUCGCCAAAGUCAAACGUUGCAUUAUGGAACGUGAUACAUACCCACGUAGAUGGGGAUUAGGUCCAAAAGCACAAGAGAAGAAGAAGAUGGUCAAAGACGGUAAAUUGGACAAGCACGGUCGUGAAAUCGAUGGUGUCACGCCCAAGAGCUGGAAGGAUGACUAUACUGAUUACAGCAAAACUGAUAAGCUUACGCACAUCGGAGUUGCAAGUCAAUCCGUUUCUAAGCCUCUUGUUCAACCAACGGCUACACCUGAUGAAGGAAAGAAGAGAAAAGCAAGUGAUGAUGCAGGCGAUGAAAGUGCUACCGGCGAGACAGAAGAAGAACGUAAGCGUCGUAAGAAGGAAAAGAAAGAACGUAAAGCAGCCGAAGCAGCUGCAAACAAUUCCGUAGCAGAAGACGGCGAUACCUCCAAAUCUGAAAAGAAGAAGAAAAAGAAGAAGGAUAAGAGCGAGUAA